UAGCAAUGGAGACAUAUUUGUUGGACUGGAGCGGGGUUAGGUGCCGAGAAAGGGCCCAAAGAGACAGGGGUAAUUCUGGUAAUUUCACAUCCAUCUCCCCAAAUUUGCGAAAGCUAAGCCCCAUGGUUGAUGGACAAGCAUGAAUCUUUGGCUUUUAGCAAAGCCAAUUGCUGUGCUUUUGGUCACCGUAAGCAGCACCAUCUUCUUGCUGCUACUCUCCCAGCAAAAUCAAUCUCCAAGACCAGCGUCAAUGGCUCGAAGCUUUGUUCUGUGGCUUCAUGGGUUGGGUGACUCAGGCCCAGCCAACGAGCCCAUCAAGACCCUCUUCACUUCGCCUGAGUUUAGGAACACUAAGUGGUCCUUCCCAUCAGCUCCAUCAAACCCAGUUACAUGCAAUUAUGGUGCUAGGAUGCCUUCAUGGUUUGACAUUGGCGAGAUUCCUGUAACAGCUAAUUCUCCAAACAAUGAAAGUGACCUGCUCAAAGCAGUUAAGAGUGUGCAUAAGAUGAUAGACAAGGAGAUAGAUGCUGGCACAAAUCCUAGUAAUGUCUUUGUGUGUGGAUUCAGCCAAGGAGGUGCCUUGACAUUGGCAAGUGUUCUGCUAUAUCCUAAAACUCUUGGAGGAGCAGCAGUGUUUAGUGGAUGGGUUCCUUUUAGUUCAUCUAUAAUAGAACAAAUCCCACCAGAAGCAAAGAGGACACCUAUUUUGUGGUCUCAUGGGAUUGCAGACAGAACAGUAUUUCUUGAAGCUGGACAAGCAGGUCCCCCCUUCCUUGAACGAGCUGGUGUAAACUGCGAGUUUAAGGCUUAUCCUGAUCUUGGCCAUUCAAUAAGCAAUGAGGAGCUCAAGCACCUGGAAUCAUGGAUUAAAGCUCGUCUACCAAGUUCUUCUUGAAGGUUUUCGCUUGUAUAAUUAUAGCCAUAGGUUCUUGGUGUUUGAUCAUUAUAAAUGUGAGAAUUCAAAAUUCCCAUUUUUAUCUGAUUCAUAUUUUACCGUUUGCCCUUACGUCAAAUUUGCAUUGUCUUGAACCUGAUCGGGGGGAAACUGGAAUGCCAUAAUAAGAAGUUGUUCAUGGCUAGCUCAGACCUUAACUUGCUCUAUUUAUCAUUGUUAUUGCAAUCUUCGGAAUUUGCAUGUAAUUUCCUUUGACGAUUUCUGAUGUGAUGUGUAAAUUGUAAUGGCGUGCAUUUUGCUCUACA